ACAACCGCCUCCUUUGGGCAGAGACUGCCGCACGGCUGGACUCCUCUGUUCACUUGAGUUCGGUUGCCCUCCCCGUGAAACGAGGACACCCGUGAGGGUGACUGACAGGUGCUCUCCGCAACUCUGAAGAAAAGCGCUCGAAAGCUGCCUUCCUCUCUCCGGUUCCCCCGACGGCAUCCUCCCCUCCAGCCGGCCGAAGGCCAAACCCAGAAACGAGAGCCGACGGGCCGAAGCCCCAGCCCGAGCCGCCCCAGCUCCGCCCCAUGACGCUGGGAUGAUUUGAAGAAGAGUAAGAGUCGGAUGGGGCACCAGGGCGUGGAAUGAAGCAAUAAGAGGUUAAAUUGAUGGAAGACCAACAAGGGAAGGAUUCUGUCUCAGACCACGGAGAAACUCUGCUGAUUAAUGGGGUGAAAGACCAUGACGCCGAGGCCCAGGACGCGGCCGUGAAGCCGGCGGCCGCCCCGGAGGCCGUGGCCCCGUCCUCGGCCCCGAAGGAGACCCCCGGGGGGCCGCGGGGCCUUCUGCCCCUGACCUCCAAGAAGCCCUGCCUCCUGAGCCCGCCGUCGCCGCUGCGGCUGCCCGAUGCCCCCCCCGAGCCGGCCCCGGGUGACGCCUCGGCCCACGCCAUCUCCCUGACGUCCUGCGCGACCAAAGGGCUGAGCUCGUGGUCGCUGCCGGGAGACGGCGAGAGGACCCUGUUCGCCAUCAUGGAGCCGGGGGGCCUGUCGGCCCUGACGGGCGACUGCCUGAUCCAGCCCAGCCGGACCUGCCUGGGCUGCUUCAUCGAGGCCAAGGACGGGCUGGACGCCGAGCCGGGCAUCAGCCUGAAGGCGGGCGACGGCCACCGGGACGAGGACCCCUGCUCGGGGUCCGACCUGGGCCUCCCCAGCCUGAACCCCGCCGAAGGCAUCCGGUUCGGGGACCAGCUCCUCUCGGACCAGCUCCUGGGCUUCCCGCCGCCCAGGCCCCGGGCCGGAGAGCGGCGGGACGCGGACAGGUCGGACAGCGACUCCGAGGACCCCGCCCCGAGGAACUACUACGAGGGCCUGCUCCUGGACAGGUGCCCCGGGGAGGAGACCCUGCUGCCGAACCCCAGCCAAGAGUGGGGCUACUUCGAAUCCUUCAUCAGCGAGAGCAAGAUCGAGCUGCUCGACCUGUGCUCCAAGAACGAGCUGUCCGUCAACCUGUUCUCCGAGGAGGACGUGGACAACUACAUGUUCGACGACGACGACUCGACGCUGGGCAGCGACGUCUGCUCCCUGAAGAUCCGCUACGAGUCCUUCCAGGACGGGCUCCGGGAGAAGACCGGAGGGGCCGGAGGUGGCCUGCAGGAGGACGCCCAGUUCAACUUCUUCCCUGGCGUCUUCGCCGCCGCCGCCGCCUGCCCCAAGCGAGAGCUCAAGGCCGGAGGGCUGAGGCGGGGCGGGGACGAGCCCUCCCGGUUCAAGGCGCCCGGCGAGAGCAUCCUCUGGGGGGAGGAGGAGGAGGAGGAAGAUGGAGAGGCAGGGGAGGCCGGGCAGGCGGCGAGGCCUGCCUCGAGCCAGUUGGACGGCGGGGCCGAGCCGGCGCCGUUUGUCGGUUCAGCGCAGAGCCCCUUCCUGGACUCGCCGGACUACCUGGGGGAGUUCAGCGACGACAGCUCGGGCACCGAGGCCUCCUUCGACGCCCUGCCGGGCGUCCGGGGCCACGCCGGCUUCCUGGCCCCCGACCCGCUCUCCGGCUCCGCCUCGUCCUCCUCUUCGUCCUCCUCUUCGCCCUCCUUCUCCUCCUCGUCCUCCUCUUCGUCCAUCCAGCAGCAGAACUACGGCCUGCGCGUCAAGCGCAAGGUCCGCUACAGCGACGACUACCUGUACGACGUGGACUCGAUCGAGAGCGAGAAGGCGCCCGAGAAAAAGGAGUGGACCCCAGGUGGGCUCAAGGAGGAGGACGACGACGAGUGGUGCCCCAAGAAGCGGCGGAAAGCCUCCCGCAAGGAGCCGCCCGUCAUCAUCAAGUACAUCAUCAUCAACCGCUUCAAGGGCGAGAAGCACAUGCUCGUCAAGCUGGGCAAGGUGGACGCCGCCGAGGCCACCGUCACCCUGAGCGACGCCCGGCUCGGCCAGUACGCCAGGCUGGCGCCCCUCAAGGCCUUCUGGCAGGAGCGGCGCCGCGGCGGCCUGACGGACCCGGGCCGGGCCUCGCCGGGCCUCGGCCCCGGCGCCUGCCCGAACGGCGCCCUGGCCCCCUUCCCGCCCCACCCCCGCAAGCGGAAAUGCGCCCUGGCCCACCGGCACCGGAUCCAGCGCAUCCAGGCCGUGGAACAGGCCGUGGGCCGGCCGGGCUCCUCGGGCUACGACCAGAAGCCGGGGGGCGGCGGCGGGGGCCGGGACGAGGCCGGCCUGCGGGGCGUCCUGCAGGCGUUGGCCCUGGGGCCCCCGUCCGGCUAUGCCAACGGCCUCCACCCGGGGGGCCCGGGGAAGUGCCGCGCCCACGAGGGCCCGGGCCCGGAGAGGAAGGUGCUGAGGCGGAUCAAGUUCAAAAGCGAAGCCCGGUUGAAGUGCAAGAAGGCCAAGGUCCGCCGGCUGGAAGCGGGCCGGCCCGGUCCGGCCGGGCCCCUCGCCUCCCCCGCCGCCUCGGACCGAGACGCGGGCUCCGGCCCCUGGGACAAGGAGGCUGGGGUCGGGGUGGGGAAGGGCGGGGAGGACGAGGACCGGGAGGGGGAGGAGGAAGAGGAGCGGGGGCAAGAACGCGGGCCGCCCCAGGCCGCCGCCCCCAGCUCCCAGCCCUCCCAAGGCCCGGCGGAGGAACCCGCCCCGAAGCCCUCCUUCCCGCCGGCCGCCCGCUCGCCCGGGCCGCCCCCGCCGGCGGCCGGCCUCCCCACCAGCAUGCCCGUCAUCCCCGGGGGCUACCUGCAGACGCUGCUGGAUGCCUCCGACCUGCCGGGCAACGCCGGCAUCUCCUAUUUCGCCUCUCCCCCGGCCGGUCCCCCUCGGGCCGGCGACCUGGUGCCCCCGGAGAAGCCGUUCGCCCCGCCGCCGCCGCCCCCCCCGCCGGCCCAGAGCUGCGUGCUCUCCCCGCCCUCCGAGUCAGAGCUGCAGGAGUCCCCCGGCCACCUCGAGCUCGAGGCCCUGUGGCCCGGCAAGGCCGCCGCCGCCACCCCCGCGGGCCCCCCGGAGUUCGGGGCGGAGGCCGCCCCGGCCCUCUCGAACGAGUUCGAACCCCCGCCCGGAGACGGCCUCGCCCCCUCCGCCUUCGGCCCCGGCAAGUAUCCACAGGACGGCCAGCUGCCGCCCGACGCCGCCUACCCGCCUUGCCCCUUCAACCGGGCCGAGGGCUGCUUCCCCUUCCAGCGGGGCCCGCUCGGCGCGGACGGCCGGGGCCCGCUCGGCGGCUUCGACUCGGUGGGUCCCCUGGCCGUCGGCCCGGCCGGCUACGGCUCCCUGAGCCUCAAGCCGCCCUGCGAGAAGGACGGGGAGGAUGAGAUCGGGGACGACUUCCUGGCCCACUGCAGCCCCAAGCUGGUGAUCCAGCAGAGCCUGGACGAGAUCGCCCCGCUCAAAGAAUCCUCCGACCUGCUGGACAUCUCCAACUUCACCCCCGACAAGUUCCGCCACUCGUCGCUCUCCGAGAUGUCCCCGCCGGACACGCCCAGCCUCUCCCCGCAGGCGGCCGGGGCCGAGGGCGCCAAGGCGCUCGGGACCCUGAAGGGGUUCCAGGAAGGGCCCCCGGGCCCCCCGGGCGGCGACAAGGGCAAGUGGGACCGCGGCCCUCCGGUCCCAGGCCAGGCGGAGGACGGCUUCGCUCACCGGCCCCAGUUUCAGUUCCACAUGUUCAACGACGAGGACUCGGUCGGCCUGUCGCCCGCGUUCGGCGAGCCCCCGGGGCCCCUCGGCGCCAGCGGCAAGGGGUCCCGGUCCAGGAAGAAGAGCUCUCCGGGUAGCAAGGCCGGGGCUGCCCCCACCGCCACCUCCUCCUCCCCCUCGUCCUCUGCCCCUUCCGGCUCCCCGCCGAAAAGCGCCAGGAAGAAGUCACCCAGGGCCACCGCGGGCAAGGGGGCCGAGAAGCCGCCGGGGAAGGCGGGCCGCCAGCCGUCCAAGGCCACCAGGAAGGGCAAGGGGGCGGCCGGGGCCCACGGCGAGAGAGGCCCGGCCGGCGGCGGGCGCGGGGCGGCUCCGCUCCCCGCCGCGGGGAAGGCGCCGGCGGGCGAGGGCGCCCGGUCCGGGGCCGCGGCGGCCCCCGCCAAACGGGCCGGGCCCGGCAGGCCGACCGGGGAGUGGGAGCCGGGGCGGGACGGGGGCGGGGGCUGGACCGACCCCGGCCUGGGCCGUCCCGGCGGCCUCAUGGAUGACGACCAGCGCGAGUUCGAGGAGCCCUCGAACAUCCUGUCCAACAUCGCCUCCGGCAUGGCCGACGUCCAGCGCUUCAUGAUGGCCUCCCUGGAGCCCCUGUGGGGACCGGUGGGCCUCCACGGGGUCCCGGACAUCUUCCGCUCCCCCGACUCCAACAGCCUGAAACUGAAAACCCUCAAGAUCUUGGCGGGGACGCCCCAGGAGGCCAAGAGAAAGGCCAGCGGUGGGACGGCGGGGGCCGCCAAGAACCACCGGGCAACCAAGGGCUCGACGCGAAGCAACGGGAAGGCGGCGGCCGGCGACCCCGGCCGGGCCGGGGGACCGGGCUUCGGCCCGGACUGCCACGUGCCCUUCUUCGACAAGAACUAUAGCCACCUGAGCACUUUAGGCAAUAAGGAACCGACGCACAAAAAGUUGUACCGUCACAAAUCCAGUGCCAAGGCCCUGCGGGACGAGAACUGUAAGGGGAAGCGAACGGAGCGGGAACAGACACACAAGGAGGCCGCCGGGACGGCUUCUUUUGAGAAACUGAGGUAAUGCUGCAUCGCAGCGGCCGACGCGCGCUCUUAACUUGCCUCACGACCUGCCGGGCCCCGCGACC